AUGGCUGGUUUGAAUGUCUCCCUCUGCUUCUUUUUUAUUAUUGUGACCCUUUGUGAAGGGGCCAGAAGGCUUUCCAAGAUGUUUCUCCCUCAGAACAUCUACAGCAGCUUUGCUGGGGAGCUGGCAAGUGCCCUCCAGCUGUGUGCUUGCUGCCUGGAACUAAGGAUGUUAGUGGAAAUUGGGCUCUGGGGAGGCGGCUUUGGCCCAGAUGUGGUCCUCACUCUUCUCUUCCUGCUCUUUUUGGUUCAUGGGCUCUCUUUUGAUGGGGCAUCUGCCAACCCGGCUGUAUCCAUCCAGGAAUUCCUGAUGAUGGAGUCCUCUCUGCUGGUGACGGCUGUCAAACUGUCCGCUCAUUUUAUGGGGAUGAAGGCCAGCUGCGUUUUGACCAAUCUCUAUUGGUCCUGGGAGUUGACAGAUUUCCAUCUAAUCCAGAAUCUGAUUGCCAGAGAUUGCAGCUCCUCCCUCCGGACAUCUGUGGGCCAGGGCACCUUGGUGGAAGCCACUUGUUCUUUCUUCUUCCAUUUAACCCUGCUCCAAUUUCAGCACAGUCUCUUUAUCUAUAGGGUGACAGCCCAGGCUCUCGUUGUCACCAUCUUGGCUUAUACAGCUGGUCCAUUCACCUCUGCUUUCUUCAACCCUGCCCUGGCCUUCUCUGUGACUUUUCACUGCUCUGGAAACACUUUUUUGGAUUACAUGCAGGUCUACUGCCUGGGCCCUCUGGCAGGGAUGGUUGUGGCAAUCCUAUUAUAUCAAGGCAACAUUCCCCGGUUUUUCCAGAGGAACCUGUUUUACUAUCAAAAGAGCAAGUAUCGGGUUCCCAAGGGGAAGCCAGCCUCCACACCCAAUGGGAUGCAGAAACAGGAGAAAAAUACAAAGAGAAGGAAAGUAGAAUCCAACCAGAAAAUGGAGUGACAGCAGCUGUUCUGGAGGCAGAGGACCUGAGUUCAAAUCCUGUCUCUGCCACUUACUACCCGGAUGACUUUGGACAAGUCACUUAAACUCUCUAGGCUUGUUUUUCAUCUGUGAAAGGAGAGAGUUUGGCCUUUGAGGACCCUUACAGUUCUGGAUCUGUGCUCUUGUGAUCCUACAAACUGUGACAGGUGCACCCAUUUCCUUGGCUUGCCAGUUUAUUGGGUGAAUGGAUCAGCAAAACAGUCAGAGUUAAGCUGGCUGGCUUCAUAUUUCAAAAAGUUGUUGAGCUGGUUGAGAAUGGUCUCAGGCAGCAACCAAGUACAGUCAGGUACCCUAGAACCAGAGUAGUUCUUCACUGUUUUUUUGAGUCUUGGACUCCUUUGACAGUUUGGUAGAGCCUAUGGACACCCCUCUCCAGAUCAUGUUU